UUUAGUGACCGUGCGUGUUGCCAUACGUUGUUAAAUAUUUGUGUUAACGUCAGCGGAGAAUGGCGACUCAAUGAGAACAUUAAAAACUUCUUGCUUUUUUUGAUACGACGACACAAAAAGACGGUUGAUGAAAAGGGAGAGCUUAGACCUUAUAUUGCUGUGGAUGUGAGCUGAAACAAUGAGUCAUAACUGGGCUCCAAAUACUUGGGUGAAAGUAAGCAGAGCGUUUCAUUUGUGGCAAACACAUGCUCACAAGUCAGCAGCGUCACUUCCCUUGUCUGGUACCUCUCACUGCAGGGUUUAUGUACAACAACCUUAUUGCUACAAGGUUGGCUAUUUCAGCUGGAGGCACAUCCACCACCUGAGGAUCACUAGGCGUAAGGGAUGGCUCUCUAAAGCUAACCAGGUCAGACAAAAGCUUGGACUCCACACCAGCACCCUGCGUUUAAACACUUCAGCCUCACGGUGGUCUGCUGGUCUGAGCCAACACAUGUCGCGGGUCAGGAGCACACUGGUCACAGUAUCUAAAGCUGUGAGUGGGACACAUACAGAACUUCUCUCCAAAAUCGGCAGACUCAAGCCAAAUGCUUUAAAGGGUGGGAAAAAGGCUGAGGCAAAUGUUGAGUCAGUGCCAAAAGCUGAGGAGAGCGCAGUCACAUCAACUCCUACUCCCAGUGAAGCUGCACCCAAACCUAUAUGUAACUCAUCUCCUGUCAGUCCUUCUAUUCCUACUUCUGCUGCUACAAGUGCCACUACCUCCACUCAUCCUCACAAUCCUUCACAAGCGUCCGUCACUGCCACAGUUCUGACUGUGCGUGAACUGAAGGAGAAAAGGCUGAGACGUGUUGUUCCUGCUGUCAGAGCCAGUUCUGCCAGGAAGCAAGAGGAGCCUAAACAUUCACAGAGAGAUACUGAGAGCAAGAGCACAACCCCCAAACAAAACACAGCACUUUUCCAUCCCAGCACCUUUUCAGGUACCCUGGAUGAGACUUACAACUACCUGGCCCAUCACAUCAACUCAUACUUUGGCAGCAGUACAAAGACUCAGGACAAGAAAGUGGACAAUGUUGACUUUCCCUCUUCUUCCUCUCAGGGGCAACAAACUAGUGACCUCAUGCCAGUGUCUGAUAAAACAGUCUCUGUUUCUCCAGUUACCCCACCUUCCCCUAAGAAGGGUUUAAGUCACUACCUAUCCUACUCAGCUCCGACUGUGCAAGCCUUUGUAGGAAGCUACAUUGCUCCCCUGGUCCCAAAGUUUAGGACAGCAGAGUCCAAGAGUGCAACAGUGGAGGAAAAGAAGUCUGAGGAUGCACCAGUCAAACAGAUGGAGACAGCAGUUAGCAAGGAACAGAAGGCUGCAGAGGAGAAAGCCAAGAAACUUCUGCUUCAAAGGGAGAAGAUCAUUGCUAGAGUGAGUGUGGACAAUCGAACUCGGGGUCUGGUUCAGGCUCUCCACAGAGCAUCAGAUGUAAGAGUCUACAUCAACAGGGUGGAGGACCUCAGCUAUCAUCUCCUGGAGUUUCCAGAGACGAGUGGUGUUGCAGUCAAGGAGAAAGUUAUUCCUUGCCUGCUGCGUCUGAGACAGGCCAGUGACCCAGGCCUGAGAGCAGCAGUUAGAGAAGCCCUCGCUCUGGUUGGAUACCACAAACCUGUGAAAGGCCGGGGUAUACGCAUUCUGUCCAUAGAUGGAGGAGGGUUAAGGGGAGUUGUUGCACUUCAGACGUUACACAAGCUGGAGGCCCUGACCGGCAAACCCAUUUAUAAACUGUUUGAUUAUAUUUGUGGUGUCAGCACAGGUGCUAUCCUGGGGUUCAUGCUAGGCGUGUUCCAAAUCCCACUGAACGAAUGUGACGAUCUUUACCGGAAGCUGGGUUCAGAUGUCUUCAAGCAGAACGUCAUCGUUGGCACAGUGAAGAUGGGCUGGAGCCACGCUUUCUAUGACAGCGAAGCCUGGGAAAACAUCCUCAAAGAGAAAAUGGGCUCUCACCUCCUGGUGGAGACUUCAAGAAACCCUGAAUGCCCCAAGGUGGCAGCGGUGAGCACCAUUGUGAACAGGGGCACUCCUCUGAAGGCCUAUGUGUUCAGGAACUACAACCUGCUCCCCGGGGUGCGCUCUCACUACCUGGGGGGCUGCCAGCACCAGCUCUGGCAGGCCAUCCGUGCCACAUCAGCAGCCCCUGGAUAUUUCCAGGAGUUCACCUUGGGAAAUGAUCUCCACCAGGAUGGAGGUCUCCUGAUUAACAACCCCACAGCACUGGCUAUCCAUGAGUGUAAAUGUUUGUGGCCAAACACGCCCCUGGAGUGCGUGGUCUCACUCGGUACUGGCCGCUUUGAAACUCCUGGCAAGAACAGCGCCACCUACACGAGCCUCAAAACCAAACUCACAAAUGUCAUCAGCAGCGCCACAGACACUGAGGAGGUUCACGCCAUGCUUGACGCCUUCCUCCCUGCCGGCACUUAUUUUCGCUUCAACCCCUACAUGAGCGAAGACAUCUCCAUGGACGAGAACCGGCAAGAGAAGCUCAACCUGCUGCAGGCCGAGGGCGUCCGUUAUCUGGAGAGGAACGAGGAGAAGCUGAAGAAAGCCGCUCGCAUCCUCACCCGAGAGAAAAGCUCCGUCCAGAGGAUGGCAGAGUGGGCCAGGCUCAGGGCUGAUAUGUAUAACGGUGUGUCCUUUAAGUCCUCUAAACUCUAGAUCCAAUACAAGCAACCUUUACCUCAAAACAUGGAGCACUCCCCUUAUUCUUAACUGCCUAGAAUAUGUUAUGUUACCAUUAUGUGUCAUAGUUGAUGGCGUCGUUGACCUGUAGCUUUGAAAAACAUUUUGUAAAUGCACAAAUAGAUACUGUGCCCGACAUGCCAAACACUACCUUCCUCCUCACUUCACACUUUGAGUGUGAGUUUAGUGUUAAUGUGUUGCAUUCUACCAGAAAAUGCAUCUGGUUGCUGCUGUAAUUUGGCAGCACUCCACUCAGCACUCUGUUGCAUUCAAAGCAAAUGUUUCGAAUGACAUGAGUGUUUUAGAAUUCCCUAAAUAAGGAAUCACUGUUAGCUUUGCUAACAAAUGUGGCUUGUAUGCUUAAAGUAAUUGUUAAACAUCGUGGGAAACAUGCUUAUUUGUUUUCUUGCUGAACUUAAGAUUCAAAGAUUGAUACUAAAUAAAUAACCGUACGGUAAAAGUGAAGCUACUGCCAGUAGCUGGUAAGCUAGCAUGAGGACUUGAAAUGGGGAAAAGGCAAGCCUGGCUCCGGUCAAAGCUAACAAAACCCACCUAACUAGCUGUUCGUAUGGCUGUGUAUUGGCAAGAAUCUGGUGAUUCAGUACUUGUCAUGAUACAGGAUUGACAAUAUUGCAAUAUAUUGUGAUACUUUACGUAAAGCAGUAUAUUGUGAUUUUUAAAUUUAAUUUUUGGAGUAAGUGGUGUGCGCUCCAUGACUCUGCUUGUUUCAUAGGUACAUGUUCUCGCCAGUGAUAUGUUUACAUAUUGGAGUGGAGGAGUCAAAUGGCUGCAGAUAGAUUAUAAUACUACUAUCUAGCAGUUGGGAGUUUAAAUACAACACAAAAAUAACCACAACUCCUUAUCUUUGCAUGUAAGUUAUUAAUUAGAUGCUGUCUUUUUGAGAACCAUUACAGUCUCACACACAGUCUACAGUUUCCCAUAUCCAGACUUUGUGCUAAGCUAAGCUAGCCAGCUGCUGGCUCUAGUUACAUUUUCACCAUACAGAUAUAAGUAUAGUCAAUCUUCUCUAACUUUGGUGAAGAAAGCAAAUAAACAUUUUCUAAAAUGUCAAACUUUUCCUUUAAAAAGCAAAAUACUAUAACAUUCUUCAGUAGCCAGUAACAGACUGUUUCACCAAGUGAGGACUUUUCAACCACUUGUUUUCCUUUUUUAGAUUUGUUAUGACAACCAGUAUAUCCUCACAAAUCUGUGUUUAUACUUUCACAGAAAAAUGUGUAGAUGGGAUAUAUGAUAUGGAAAUGCAGUAUAAGUGAAGCUAAGCUGCUAAUCUGCAACUCUAGAACACCAAUGUCAAGAAAUGACAGACAAAAAAAAUGUAUUCUUAGUUUUAUUAACGGUUAAUCACGGUCAAUUUGAGCACUAAAUGCGAGUGACAUUUCUGUGAUGUAACGUCAAAAAUUUGCACCUUUGACAAAGCAGCUACUGGUCCACUGUGUAAUUGUAUACUGAUAUUAGUAACAAUGGUACAUGAGGGCUCAUUUCAAGCAUGACAUGUUGUAUAUGUUGUAUGUAAAUGCAUGUUAUAUUUAAGAUUUUAUGCACAAAGAUAGUAAGUAUUUAGUUUUUAAAAAACUGCUAAGAAGAGUAUUGCAAAAAUUUACCCUGAUAUUUGAUUCUGAAAAAAACUAUAAUAAUGAAUAAUAAUGAUUUAAUGUGUAGCGGAUAUGUCAGGGUGUUCUCACUUCCAACUUGUCAAAUACAGCCACUCAGUCAGUGGUCAUAGGCUUUGAAUUAUGAUGCUCUACAUGGCUGUAGUCAUCACAGUGGAAGUAAAGAAGAAAAUCAAGUGACGUUGUAUAAAAAGCAAUAAAGUGUAGAGGGGAGGUUGAAAAAAAAAAAACAGGAGAGUUUCACCCAGGAGAGCGCUGUUUGUGUCCCAUGUGAAACCAAAAGUUUAAAUUGACUAAUUUUGACUUAAGUACAGUAGUUUAAGUCCAUAAGUCCCAGUGAAACAGAAAUUAGAGAGUCUGAAGCUUCUGUGCUGUGACAUUUUCACAGAAUAUUUGAGCAGUGUAGCGUUACUACAGGGAUUUAAAUCACAUCCUUCACAUUUGAUUAAAGCGCCAAAAAGUGGAGCUACAGUGCAGUCUGCUGCUGAGCGGACGGUUUGGUCCACAUACACCUCCCUUGGCGUUGGAUCAGGAGGACCAGUGGAUAGAUGACUGAAUUAGACCUCUGCCACAUUGUUUUGGAAAUCAAAGGUUUUUUCCACUGAUAUCUGAACAUGCAUCUCUUCUUUGUUCUCUCCACAUUGCUCUGUUAGCGAGAUGACCUACAAAUGGUGAAGUGCAGUGAUAUAUGAGCUGUGUGGCUAGCUAGUAUACCAAAGUCCCAUUUGAUUGAAUAAAAUGCCCUUGAAUGCAGCCAUCGAACAUUUGAAACUAUUUUAUCUGGUUUUACAUUAAGAGAAAAGACAGGGAUUUUGGUGUAAAAAUACUAUAAUUUUGAUUUUUUAAAACAUAUAACUGGCAUAUACAAAGAGGUGAUGACACAGGAUUAAAGCUAUGAAAAUGUUUUUUUCAAUUCAUGGGAACUUUAAAUCUAACUGGAAGUUUAUUUUGGAAAGAUAUUGUAUGCAUGUAACGAGUAAAAACACACAUGCAAAACUGGGUUCAAAAAAUGGUACGCAGAGCGUCAAAAUUUGAAGCCUAGGGCCACUGCCCAAGCUGACGUAUUUGAUGAGUCAUGAGUGAGACCUUGUUGGAUGUAUAAGUAACCAAAUGGAGGCUCUCUGUCACAAAAAUGUAACUUUUAUGUGUUAUUUUAGCCUCUGAGUAUUUUAAGUUGGCUUGUUUCAAAGGCUUUUAUCAUGGUGUGCUUGAUUGUUUGGUUUUAUGGAUUCCCCGCAGGCGACACACAUUUUCCACUCUGUCUUCAGUGUGCCCUCUUUCUCUUUGAUGCCUCUUCUCAAAAGCCUCUUUCACCCUUUUUACCUUGAAGUGCUGUGUUUCAGCCCCCACUCUGCUGUGCUGUAACGUCUGUUACAACUAAACAGGACACAGCUGAGGGACUGGUUUGAAACAGAUUGCUGCUCAUUGAUUUGUCACGGCUUGAAUUAUCUUAAUGACAUGUACAGCUAAAGAUGCACUGCAGACAUUCAUGCCUAACCUCUUCCAGUACUGUAUAACUCAUACAACAGUGUGUUGGUUACUUCCGAGGACCUGAGGUAAAGUGGACGCAGAUAUUACCCAGAUUAAAAUAAUUCCACUGUUCUCCUGUUGAUCCUAUGUAAAGACUGUUUGAGAGUGUAUGUAAUUAAAACCCAUCACUGAA